AUGAACACAUAAAUUUUUUUUAGAAUUUCUUGCAAAACUGAGUUUAAUUAGCACGUCAAAGUUGUUGGAAACAUACCCUAAUUAGGGAAUUGGAAUCCAUAAAAUGGAUUAUAACUUCUAACUAAUGAGGUCAUGUACCCUAUAUGGUUUAGUGAUUAUCCAUUAGAAGUUUCGGCAAGUACCUUAAAUAAUUAUAUGUGAGUAAUUUAGCAUUUAGAAUUUAAAGUGGUAAUUAUUGAUGACUAAAAUUGUUAUUGGGAAAGCUGUUUCAAUAGAUAAAUGAAAGUUUAAAGCUUGAAGUAGAUUGUCAUCUUAAAUUAUGACAACCCUUCGAUUCAGGUUUUUGGAAUAAAAUCUUUAGUUUAAGAACUUGAUGUUCCAAUUAUAGAGUUAAGUAUUUUUGUAGUAUUAAUAGAAUAGAGAGUACUAGAAAAAUAUCUAUAUAGAUUUAAGACUAUAUGUCUUAUACAGAUUCAGAUUCAGUAAGUUUCAUAACUUAAUUCAUAAUAGGAAGACGAAAACAGUCGAAAUUCACAGAUGACUGAAGAUUUAUCUCUAUUUCCUUCAAUAGAGUCCUUUAAUAGUUCUUAGUUGCCCUAAGAGGAUUAGCAAGUAGAUCAAGCACAGAUCAAUUGA